AUGAUCCAGAAAUGCACAAACAAGUUUUGUGCAUUUCUAGCGCAAGUAGAAUCAUUGCACCCAAGUGGUGCAACCGAGCAAGACAAGAUUGAAAAAGCUAAAAUAAUGUACAAAGAGAUAGAGAAGGGGAAUUUCACAGUGGAGCAUUGUUGGUGUCAAUUGAGACACCAACCCAAAUGGCAGCAACACAUGAACAAUCUGAAUACAAGAAGAAAACCACCCGAUAAACGUCCAGCCAAUGAGCAGUCUUUUGAAGUUCCCGAUGACGUUGUGGAGGAGAAUGUUGAGAGGCCUCCAGGCAAAAAACUUGAGAAAGAUAACUUGAGGAAGCGGAAGGCCCAGGAAGCAUGUGAUGCUGACUUCAACGGUGCGUUAGAAAAAAUGACCGCUGAUAGGCGACUGUUCAUGGGAGAGAGGAGAGCAUGGGUGACGAAGGCUGAUGAAGUGAGAGGUGCACAACUAGAACUUGAUAAGAGGAAGUUCAAGACGGAGAUCAUGAGUAAGGAUCUUUCUAAUAUGACCGUCAUGCAACAAGCCUAUUUCCUGAAUAUUCAGAAGAAAAUUUAUGAGAACUCUUUGAAUAAUUCCGAAGGUACAUUCGACACAUCUCCAUCCAUACCUCAUGGAGGUGUGUAA